AAAUCCAAUGACAUCACUCCCUCGCAGUUUUUGUCAAAUAAUCUAAUUAUAGCUUUUCCUUCUAAACAGUCACCCUGUGACUGGUCCGACUACUUUAAAUUGAAAAAAAAAUCUCGAUCCGUGCAAAAUCGUGGGUUUUAACGUUGGAUAAAUUAAAAAACGACAGUGUCUGUCACUUCAUUAGUAUACAACUUCGAUUCUUAUUUACCAAUUGUUUCAUUUACAUUUCUUUUAAUUUUCAUCAAGACGGACAACUAUAUAGUUUUGUAAGUUUGUACUUUGAAACGAGCGAAGAUUAAGUCUAUUAAUAAAUACUCAGUCUCUGCCCUUCUAUCACUUCGUUAAUAAUAUUUAACAACAGGCUACAACACCAACAGAUAUUUGUUACAUCAAACACUAUGGCGAGAAAUAUUGAAAAAUUGGAUGAAAAUGUAUUGAGUGUUGGUUCAUCUUUAACUAAAUUUACACAUGACUUGUACAAUGUCCUUAAAACAUAUGAAGGUGAAGACAGAAAUAUAUUUAUAUCUCCUUACAGUAUUUCUGUUGCUUUAUUGAUGGUAUACGCUGGAGCCAGACAAAAUACUGCUUCACAGAUGGAGAAAACACUCCAGAUUGAUGGAUCAACAAAAAAAGUGGUUCACGAUGCCCAUAGAAAAUAUAUUAGUCUGUUGGAAGAAAUUAAAAAUUUUGACUUACAUACUGCAAACCGUAUGUAUGUCAACAUUAAUUUUGAGUUACUCACUAAAUAUUUUGAAGAAAUCAAGGAGAUGUAUCAUUCUCUCAGUGAAAAUUUGGAUUUUGGCCAGGCACCGAAAGAUGCUGCUGCGAAAAUUAAUAACUGGGUUCAAAAUAUUACAAAAGGUAAAAUCAAAGAUAUUAUUCCUGAUGGUUAUUUAAAUUCUAAUACUGCUCUUGUUUUAGUGAAUGCUAUAUAUUUUAAAGGAAACUGGAGCAAUAAAUUUAAUCCCAGUUUGACAAAAUCUGAAGAUUUUUUCAAAAGUUCAACAGAGAAAGUUUCAGUUGAUAUGAUGUUUAUAAAUAAAUCAUUCAGUUUGAGACAGGAUUCUAAACACGAUUGCCAGAUUCUAGAGUUACCUUAUGAAGGUUCUUGCCUGAGUAUGUUUAUAAUCUUACCAAACCAGAUUGAUGGCAUUGAAGCAUUACAUAAAAGUUUAUCGUCAGAUUUUCUUCAGUCUAUUAUAGAAAACCAGCAAUUCCACUCUGGGAAAGUUGAAGUAAAGCUACCAAAAUUCAAAAUGGAAUCUAGUUUUGCAUUAAGACAACAACUGUCAUCUUUAGGAAUGGCUGACCUUUUUGACGAACAGAAAGCUGAUUUGUCAGGUAUUAGCAAUUGCCCUCUCUUUGUCAGUGAAGUAUUUCAUAAAGCAUUUGUGGAGGUCAAUGAAGAGGGUACAGAAGCAGCAGCAGCGACAGCAGCAGUUAUCAUGACUCGAUGUGCAAUGGUGAGGAUACCACCAUUGAGAUUCAUUGCAAACCAUCCUUUUAUGUUUCUUAUUGUUGACAAAAGAUCACAAAUGAUUUUGUUCAUGGGAAAAUUAAAUAAGCCUUAAACUUAUUUUAUGUUCCAUGACAUAGAAUUCUUUGCACAAUAUCCAACUAAAUUGUAAUAUCAAAAUAUAUUCAGUAUCUUCAAUAAUUUUCUUACGAUUAACAUUUAUGAAAUAUGGGAAUGGAAGGUGAGACUUUAUAAACUGUCACCGAAAUCUAUUAUACUAACAAGCUUAUUGCACUGCUCAGGUAUAUUUAUAUUAAUGAGCUUAUUGCAUACACUGCCCAGGUAUGUUUAUAUUAACAAACCUAUUGCAUACACUGCCCAGUGUGUCAUUCCUUUUUUUUAAGACCAUAGAGUUUGAUUUGAGAGAGAUUUGGCUACUAUUUCCAGCUAAUUGAGGGACCAUGUAGUGGUUCUCUUGUUGGCUUGUACGGCUGUUUGUUAAUUGAAAUGGUAUUUACAAUAAAAAGGAAGACUUAUUUUAAUUGGCAUAGUUUCUGAUGAGGUUCAGCUUAAUUUGGCAGCAAUGAAUGACAUAAUAAGAAAUCUGAUGAUAGCAACUCACUGCCAGAGAUCACCACAUCUGGUUCUAUGAUAAAAGGGACCUGUUUUAAAGUGGUCUAAAUUAAAAAAAACCUACCUCAAAAUUCCAUCUUGUGGACACCUUAAUAACUGCAACAGUAUUCUACAAAAUCCUUCAUUAUUUUCAAGACUAACUGAAACAAAAGCAACAUAUCUCAACAGGAACAUGGUAACAAAUGGGUUUAAUAUUGCAUUUAUAAUACUUGUCUGUGAAAUAAAUAACAAACAGCUGCACUGAAGCCUGUGUAACUUAAAAGCUGACAGUUCAAUUUCAGCACCUAUCAAUACACAUGGCAAAAUGAAUAGCUGAUUAUGAAUGAAGACUGCAACAUAAAAAAAAUUUUUUAAAUAAAAUUUUUUUUAAAAAAGAUGCCAUCAAUUUGACAAUAUCUUCCCAUAAUAUCUAUUUAAUGUUUACUUGUUAAUUAUUAAAUAAAUUUCCUUAAUUCAAUUCA